GCGGCCGCGGCCAUUGUAAAACGGCCCUUACUUCUAGGGACUCUAGAGUGGACGCGGCUACGACCGCUAUGACCUACGACGGCGGACCGGCAAACUCGGAUGGACAGCUACGCUCACCGCUCACGGCUGGUCACAGCUGGUCACGGCCACGGCAUCACGACUCACGACACAUGUGACAUGUGACAUGAAACGAAUUUAUGCGACAAUGACAAGCUCGAGAUAUCGCUUUUGUCUCGACGUCGUGGAUAAAGUCUUUAACUAGGGCGUCUAGGAUUUAGGAUUCGCGAUUAGUAUUUGGCAAUUAAAGUACACCGCAAAAAUGUGAAGCGCUGCCAAAUGUUUGAUACGAGAUACGCGGUUCAUUCCGCUUGGUUAUGUACUUAAUGCCAUUGAGCAACGAUACUUCGACACGGACGAGAAAAAUAUUAUUUGAUGCGAAAAGUGAAUCGGCUAUUCGAGGUAGGGUUCCAGAGGAGAAUCAGUUUUUGACAAUAGCUGCUGCUUUACCCAUUUUGCCGGGUGCCCCAGUACCUCCAAAGCUGUCGAAGCAUUGUUACAAUUCAUUUAGUUGUACUGGAACCCAAUUUGAAAUUGAACAUGCAGAAGCUGAAGGAUGCGACGCGGUUACGUUACAAUGGACAGGAGAUGCAAGAACAAUCGUGGCAUCGAGAACUCCUGCCGAACGAGAAAAGAACCCUGACAGAAUAUGCCUUGAUAGGCGAGGUCUGACAACGUUUCCUACAAUGAUCGGAGAAUCCAAAUUGCGAUUAAUGUCUCUCCAGCAUAAUCUACUAACCAAGAUUGAGAGCUCCAACUUUUCACAAUUGACAAAGCUUGUAUUUCUUGAUUUGUAUGAUAAUCAAAUUGAGAAAGUAUGCGAUUUUGAUUUUUUAGAGAACCUAAGAGUGCUUUUAUUAGGGAAAAAUAGAAUAAGAAAAAUUGAAGGCUUAAAACAACUUUUGAAAUUGGAAGUUUUGGAUUUGCAUGGCAAUCAAAUUCAGCAUAUUACGGGCUUAGAGAAUUUAUCGUCGUUGAAAGUACUAAACUUGGCGGGGAAUAAUAUCAAAACUAUAGGAUGCAAUGAUUUUCGAGGCUUAAUCUCGUUAAAAGAACUAAAUUUACGUCGGAAUAAGCUCAAAAGAUUGCUAGGAUUUGACGAGACACCACAAUUACAGAAAUUAUAUUUGAGUAACAACGAUAUUUAUAAAAUUGAAGAUAUGAGUAGCCUUGCAAAAGCCUUGCAAAUUAAAGAAAUAACAAUAGAUGGCAAUCCAGUGACCUUGAAUACCGAUUAUAUAUCCUUUCUUGUUUCGUACUUGCCAAAUUUGCAACUUUUAUCGACAAUGCAAAUUAGUGAACAAAUUCGGAGAACAGCAAUGGCUUGGAGAUUCUCUAAGGAACAAUCAAAUUCAGCAUUCCUUGAUCUUAGUACACAAGUUUGUAUGAGCGUACGUAGAGAAGAAGUGAUAUCGAAUGCUAAAACAAAUUGGGAAUUUCUCAGAUCUAGAACUAAAGUCUCGCUCGAUAAUUCAAAUAAAGUGACGAGCGAUAAUACAGGCAAUAAUAUCAAUAUGUUAUUACGCACGCAAAGUUUAAAUAAAUUUAAUGCUAUAAAUCCAAAGAGUUUAAACAAAGUUAAAAUAAAAGGUUUUGGUAGUCUCACAUCGAUAAGUGAAAAUAUGGAAGCACGAAAGAUGCAUAUAAAAAAGAGAAGCAGUUCCAGCGAAAAUUUGUUUAAAUUAGAAGAUACAUCCAAAUCGUAUCCUUUGGAAUUUAAACUUCCCCCUAUACUAGGCUCGAUAGUAAAUAGUUUGACGAGCGAUAGAUUCGAGAAUAAAUUGCCCAAGAAUAAUAAAGAUAAUGACCGUAAGAUGAAAGUGCUUGGUGAACAAAUGGAGAACGUAUCGGAUAGCGAGACAGACAGCUCACAGAGUCACGAAAGUUUAAAAAGUGGUUUAAAAUGUCAUUUGUUUACUCCCAAUAUCUACGUCUCGUCUAUAAAUUAUGACAAAUCUGCCGCCUGUAAUGAAUUUACCGCAGGUGUAGUAAAGGACGUGUCCUCGAUUACCGUAGACAACGGUUUUUAUGUUAAAGAUAAUGAAAACCAUGCACGCGAUAAGGAAGCACUGGCUACAACUCAAAAUUCCUUAAAAUAUCAUGACGCAGUAAUAAAUGAAAACAAAGGCUUAAAUAAUAGAUCGUUUCAAAAUACAAAAGUAUUUCAUGGUCAAGAUGGACAGAAUGAUUGCCAAUCAAAGUCGAUUACAUGUUCUUCUGGAUAUUGCUCUUUAAGUUCAAAGACUAGUAGCGUAGACAGCUGUAAGUCAUUGUUAAGUGAUUCUAGCACUUCAUCGAUUCCUAAGAACGCUCACAAAUCUCACGAAUGUGACAAGGAUAAAAGUAGGAUUAAAAGUGCUCAAACAAAAAAGAUAGUAUACUAUAAAAGCAAUAGAGCUGCGACAGCUAGAGCGAAAUUUAGAGCUCUUGCUCCGCCAAGUCCACCUCCUCAGCAAGUACCACCUAAAGAAAGAGAACAGGGCGGAGAUUAUUUAAUAGAAAUUGUUGGCCGCUGCCUGAAUAUAUAUGGUCAAGGUGCUUUACGCUUUAUAGAUAGGACUUGGGACAUGUCAAAGGCUCAAGAUGUCAACAUUGUGAAAUUUAAUUACGUACAAUUUAAUGACGUGGCAAAAAUUUUAAGCAAAUUAAAGAAUAGAUUUCCUCAUGCGGAACAUUUCGUAUUUAAAGAAACUAACAUCAAUCUUCUUGGUCAACUGAAUGCCUUAGCUGAGGUACAGGGAUUGACUAGCAUACAAAUAGACGCAGGAAAUCCUAUUGUGUCUAAGGACUGGAAAAUGUACGCUAUAUUUCGAUUAGCUCAUUGGGGACUCGUAGCUAUCAAUGGCAAGGAGAUUACAGCUGAAGAUGUGGAACUUGCAAAUCAAGAAUAUACCGGUCUUGUAGAUAUAGUAAUGUGUUCACUGCCAGAUUCUUUAUUACAACCUUUGUUACAAAGACUUCAUUUAGAGAAAGUGCAGAGACAAAGCGGGGAACAAAUUACUGCCAAACAAUUUCUAUUCAACUGCGACCCGGCACUUCGAAGUGUUGUUGCAAAGGAGGCAUUACAAUGGAGAAAGGGAAAUGUAACGCAGGAAGACCUUAUCUGGAGACACAAAGGGAAGGUACACUUGCUAAAUUUAAUCAAUCUUACUAUAAACGCUAUACACAAGUUACAGGUUCUAGAGAAGCAAUGGCCAUGCAUUCUUUAUGAAAUCGUUUAUAAUACUUUGUCCGAUUUUUCUGAAAUGGAUGUAUACAUGAAACGUUGCAGUAAAAUACUCGAAAGUAACUAACAAAUAGUAUCAUGUCUGUGCCUUGAAAAGUAAUAUAUAUCUAUCGCGAUAUUGAGUAACGUGAUGACUUAUUGAUGAUUUGAUUAUAGUACAUCGCAGAAUGAUAAUGUUUGGCUUUGCUACGUUAAAUAUUGGAGAAUUAAUAAAGGAACGUACAGAAACAUAUACAACGGGGACGAUUUUAUAUUGUUAUUGCUAGAUAAAUAUAUUAAAUACGUUUGCUACCUAUAACGUUUAACAUUAAACACGAAUUGUGGUAUAUUCAUGUAUAAAACAAUAAAUUGUAUGUAAGCAUUGUUAA